CAAUCUUCAAAGAUGGACCCUCAAAACCCAAGCUCAAUCCCUCUUCUCCUCCCUUAUUCUACCCCCACCCCAAAAAAUGUGGCGGACCAUUGAUGCUCACUUGAAAACAGUCCGCUUACCUGUCCGUACUGUCCUCCUCUCUCACCACCAAAACCCUCCCUCCCUCCCUUCUCUUGAACCACCAGACUCUCUCCAUUUUCUCUCUCUCUCCAAAACCCUAACUACCUCCUCAUCAACCCCCUAUCCCCCCUCUCCAAUUCUCGCUUUCACUACACGCUGCAUUAAUAGUGUUGCUUUCGGCCGCGGUCGUAAUUUGGUGCCUGUGAGGUGCAUUUCUUCAAUUUCGUCCUCCGCCGCUCCAAAUCAGCAGCGCACGGCUGUGGGCUGGAAUGAGCCGGUGACGUGUUCGGAGCUCGGUGAUGGUGGUAAAGGCACGAAUAUCGAGGAGGACGCUCGGCAGUCCAUUCCUGUUCGCGCUUUUUUAUUCUCUACUAGUGUGGAUUUGAAAAGCUUAGUGGAGCAGAACAAGAAAAAUUUUAUACCACCAACAUCGCGAAUGACAAAUUAUGUUGUUCUUAAGUUUGGGAAUCUCUCUCAAGUCGCUGGUCUGGGCUCUUGCAUAAGUGGAAGUAAUUGCUGUUACAUGGUAGUGUUCCAAUAUGGAUCCAUUGUUUUGUUUAAUGUCCGUGAACACGAGGUUGAUGAAUAUCUGAAUCUUGUAAGGAAGCAUGCCUCAGGAUUGCUCCCUGAAAUGAGGAAGGAUGAGUAUGAGGUGAGAGAGAAGCCAACUCUAAACACAUGGAUGCAAGGUGGAUUGGAUUACAUUAUGCUGCAGUUCUUGAACACUGAUGGAAUACGGAUGAUUGGUAGUGUUCUUGGUCAAAGUAUAGCUCUUGACUACUAUGGACGCCAGGUUGAUGGAAUGGUUGCUGAAUUUACUGACAUAAAUCGUGGGAUGGAAAAAACUGGAACAUUUUCUAUGGACAGCAAAAAGCUUUUUCAAAUAGUGGGGAAGGCCAAUUCUAAUCUUGCUGAUGUGAUUCUAAAGCUUGGGCUUUUUGAGAGAUCAGACAUAGCUUGGAAAGAUGCCAAAUAUGCUCAGAUAUGGGAAUAUCUCAGAGAUGAAUUCGAGUUAACUCAGAGAUUUGCCAGUCUUGAUUUUAAGCUGAAGUUUGUUGAGCAUAAUAUCCGCUUUCUUCAAGAAAUUCUACAAAACAGGAAAUCAGAUUUUCUGGAAUGGCUCAUCAUUGUGUUGAUUAGCGUUGAAAUCAUUAUAUCCGUUUUCGAUCUUGUUCAGAGAUCAGGAUUUAAAUUCCUCUAAUCAUUGUAGCAUCGAUGUCUAGAGAUACACAGAUGAAGGUAACACUUGCUGUGAUUUUUCCUUUCAAAUAACCUUCGAUUUUGUUUCUUUCCAAAUUGUAAAUAAAAUUUGGAUUGUAUA